AUGGCUUUCGUGGCGGACCGUGAGGCUGCGGUGAGGGAGGUGGCGCAGGUGUACGAGCUCAUCAAGCUCCAGCAGCCUCCUCUCCUCCUCCACUCGCAGCAGCCACAGCCGUCGACGACCCAGCUGGCGCAGAGCCUCCUCAGCAAGGCGCUGCGAACACUCAACGUCGCCCUUUCCGUCAUGAAGCAGCAGCAGCAGCCUGCUGCUCCUGUGACACCAACAAGCGUCAAAGCUGAGCCUCAUCAGUUCUCGCCGCCCAGCCCGGCGUCUGCUGACUCCCAAGCCGCCAUAGUACCCAGCACGGCAGCAAGCAAGAGGCGCCAAAAGAAGAAGAAGGUUUUUCAACCUCCUAGUUCGAUCGUUGACUGUCGCUUCCAAUGGAAACUGCUGCACGGCAGAUCAUCAGUAGCGAUGGAAGGGAAGAAGAAGACCUCGUCGUCAUGGGCGACGGUAACCGCCGUGCCCUACGACGACGGCUACGAGUGGAGGAAAUACGGCGAGAAGAAGAUCAACGGGACGUUCUUCACGAGGAGCUACUUCCGGUGCACCUACAAGGACGACGCCGGCUGCCAGGCCACCAAGCACGUCCAGCAGAUGGACAACAUUAGCGACGACCCGCCCAUGUUCCACGUCACCUACAACAACGACCACACCUGCAACACUAGUGCCAAAGCCAACACCGGCAGAAGCAGCAGCAACCUCGCUGCAUUGCUAGCAGGCUGCUGCAACAUGAAGCAAGAACCAACUGGGCAUGCUGCUGCGGUGGCGGCGGCCAUGAACAUGAAGCAAGAACCACCGCCGCUGCUGCUGCCUCCUCUGGUGGACCUCCAGCCUUCUGCCUGUUUUCCUCAUGAACAAAUUCCACAGUGCCAAGAGCUGCUGUUUCCUGUAAGUAUGGAGCAGCAGUUCUGUGGUGCUUUUAGAGACGAUGAUAGUGAGAUCCCGUCGGCUACUGGUUCGUGCAUCUCCGGCGAGACCAGCUGGGAUGGGUAUUCUGGGGACAUGCGGCGGCUGAAGAUGACCCUCUCCAUGAUCUCGAGCGUUUCCUCUUCAUGGACUACUAGUACUAUCUGGAUCUGA